AUGGUGUAUAAAGGACCGAGUCGGGGGUGCUAUAUGUGCCGGAAACGGCGCGUCAAGUGCGAUGAGAAGCGACCACAGUGUGGCAACUGCGUCAAGAGGCAGCAGCGCUGCCCAGGGUAUCGAGACUUCUUCGACGCCGUUCACAAGGACGAGACGUCUUUCAUUUCCCGCAAGAGCGGCCCAAAACGACAGAAGAGAACACAUGCUCCUGCGGAAGAUGACAUCCACGCCAGUCUCGACUUAUGUCUUUCCGAAGAAUGCCCCCGCUACAGCACCGAUGAGAGCAUCGAUUCGUCCAUCUUCCCGAUUCCAAAUCAUGCCAGCUCCUGUCUUGCUUUGUUCACACAGCCAUCACGGAAUGUGGUGUGCGAGUCGCUGGGCUACUUCUUCACGAAUUAUGUCAAUACCCCCCGAGACCCCAGCACCAACAUCUUCAUCGAGCAUAUCCUCCCAAUGUACUUGAACACUCCGCCCGACUCGGCUCUCUACGAGGCCAUCCAAGGAGUUGCCAUCAACGUCACCUCCAUGUGGAUGGCACGACAUGUGGACUCUUACCUCGCUCGAGAAGCCUACGGUAAAGCCGUGACUUGUCUAAAGGCCCUGCUGGAAGACCCCGUCCAGUGUAAAACGGACGAGACGCUCGCUACGGUCUUCAUGCUCGACUUUUACGAUUCGCUCAACCAACGCUUCGUAAAGUUUGUCGACACCGGCACCCACCAACAAGGCGCGGUGGCUCUGCUCAAGCACAGGGGAAAGGACAACUUCAAGACUCCCCUGGCUCAACGCCUUUUCAACGCCAUGAGAAGCCGGCAUAUCAACUACUCAUUGCAAGCGGGCAAGGACAUAGAGCUGGAUCCUUCCCUUCUUGCAGAUGAGACGGCCGUUCUUCCGUCCGCCAAACUUGACCUCUUGAACGUGGAGCUCGCAAAUUUGCACAAGCUGGCUCAAAGCGGACCCGAUGCGCUCCACCUGAGCAUGACCGAGUUUUACAAGCUUGUCUUGAGCAAAGCGUUGUUUCUGGAGAAGAAGCUUCAAGCGUGGUUCGAUUCGCUUCCUGUUUCAUGGCGGCCAGUUUCAGUAUCGGCAGCGGACUUGCAUCCUACUAUCCGUGAAGCCGGACUCUAUGAGAAUAUGUGCGACGUAUAUUCCUCGCUCGCCGUAUCUCACGUCAACAACGCGGCCCGGUCUUCGCACGUGGGUGCAUUGCGUCUGAUUGCACUCUGCUUGCAGGGGCUUCAGGAUCUGGGCGUCGCCGUCGACCCGGUCAUCGACUUUCAUGUGAAUGACAGGAUCCAAUUGGUCGUCGAUAAGUUCUGCGCUUCGAUCCCUUACCAUCUGGGAAACAGGACAGGGGUCACAUUUCCCCACGAGCAAAGUGAGUAUCCUUGGGUUCCCUGCGAUCUUCGUCGGCUAGCCAACUACGUCGACCCCUUUGGCAACGAGGUCCACAUGACUAUGGAGGACCAUGCGCGAGCCGCAGCAGCAAUUGGAGGCUGGUUCAUAAUGACGCCUCUUGCCGGAUUUCUGAAGGCCCCAGCACUGCGGUCACCCAAUGCGAAACCAGGGCCACUGAUGCGCAAGCUGCGGCCCGGCCAACUGGAUUGGAUCCGUGAUCAGAUGGCUCGGAUUCAGAAAAUUUACUUGUUCCCUGCUGACGGAUCUCAACAAUAUCCUGAUUGGACCUGGGUUUUGAAAAGGCCUGGCCCGGGUCACUGCAGAAAGUCAACCUCAGCCAUGCCGCCGCUCAACCAUAGUUUAUGGACAGUGUGA